AAAAUAAUGGCAACUUUAACUUUAAAUUGGAAUUUCUAAAUCUAAAUUCCCUACGAAACUCUCCAAACGAAACGAAACCUACCAUGUUCAACUUCAACAUGUAAGAGAAGAAAUCCAUUUCAUACAAACAAAUAGGCAUGUCGUCGAGUGCUGGACCCAGUCUACCCCAUAGGGCCGUGUCUAGUAUACGCACUGGCGACCGCUCGUCAAUCCAAGCCUUACCAACCACGCCUCACACCCCUCCACGAACGACGGUGGUCCCUUCGUCCUUUGGAUCUCCGUCCACCCUACGCGCCGACGAUGAGGUAAUCGUUAUUGAACUGGGUUCUCGGAAACUGCGGAUCGGCUUUGCGGGCGACUCGGCUCCUAAGAGGAUCGUGUCGUUUGGUCCAGAGCAGCAGAGACGCGCUGGGGAUUUCAGGGCUUGGGAGGCUAGUUUCCAGACCGACUGGCGGAAGAGAGCUUCAGGAAAACCUUGGGGAGCAGAUCAUGAGUUAUGGCAGCUAGAUGUCAGAGGACAGGAUCUAGUCUUAAUCGGAGACAAGCUGGAACGUGAGUUGAGAGACACGUUUAUGAAAUAUCUUCUCAUCGAUUCUCGACCAAGAAGAUUAGCCCUCGUCCUACCACCAACACUUCCUAUACCACUCAUCUCCUCCGUCUUCAAUACCGUGUUCAACCGCUUCCAAACACCCUCGAUAUCGCUUUAUUCAUCACCCGUCACGGCGGCAUUGGCGGCGGGCGCCCGGUCAGGCCUAAUAAUUGAUAUUGGCUGGCAUGAAACAACAGUUACAGCUGUAUAUGAAUUCAGAGAAGUACAGAGCUGGAGGACCGUCAGAGCUGGCAAAUUAUUAGUGGAAGAGACGUACGAGUUCCUAACCAACGCCAUGCAAGGGCGACCAAGCACCGCUAGGACCGAGCGUACUGAUGACAAAUUGGAGGAUAAAGCCGUGAGCUUUGAAGAGUGUGAGGAGUUUGCGACUCGUAUAUUAUGGUGCAAGAGGAAUGCAAAACAACCCACACAAGAUUCUAGCGAAGGCCUACCAACAUUACACGAGCAGGAUGAGUCUGAAACGGUGGCUCCGGCUGAGGAUCGUUCCCCAGUUACUGUCACUCUCAAUUCCUGUAACCCCCGGAAGACGGUGGAGAUCCCGUUUGCAGAUCUUGCGGAACCAUGUGAAGCUGUCUUUUUCGAGCCUCAUCUUUCGCCAUGUUGCUUCGACGACCAUGAGAUUCCUGUGCAUCUACUCGCCUACCGGGCUUUGCUUCAGCUACCGUUAGACGUUCGCGCCAUUUGUAUGUCGCGUAUCAUCUUCACCGGUGGCUGCUCAAAUAUUAUUGGUCUAAGAGGACGUAUCUAUGAUGAAGUGUCCCUCCUCGCUAAGGAAAGAGGUUGGGACCCGAUUAGGGGAAAAGGAGUUGAUCAAUAUAGGACGAACCCGAAGUUACGGCGAAACGGCGCCCGGCAGUCCGGUGGUGGGCCUAUUCCCGUGGCUCAGACUGAGAGUAGCAAUGCGGAAGAGGGUGGGACAGCACCGCCUACCAACCCCGCGUAUGCGCCCUCUGAAGUUGACCAAGUGGAGGAAAUGAUUAAGAAGGAUAAGAACUACAAACCAACUAUUCAGGGGACGUUUCGGGUUCUAGACUCGCUAGGACCAUGGUGCGGGACAAGCAUGGCUACACAACUAAAAGUGCCGGCUUUAGCUACAAUCGACCGUGAACUAUGGCUCCAACAAGGAGUGAACGGCGCGUGUCGACCUAACGAAGUGGAUGUUAAAGCACAACAGAGACAGAGCAUGGGUGCUGGAGGGUUGAUUAGAGGUCAAGCUUCCCAAGCCAGCAGCAAUUGGACCCUGGGUGUAUGGGGUACUCUUUGAUUUGGGGGUUUCGAUAUGACGCUGUGCGGAAAACAAGGUAUGAUGAAGUAAUUGAUGUGAGUUUUGAUUGUAAAGAUACCCUACCAUAAGACUCAAGCAAUUGAGAUUUUAAGAAAAAAAAAAUAACUAUUAUUUACUAAUGCUCAAUCUGCCCUCUUUUUAUGAUAAA